AUGUCUGCGAGCAGCGAUCGCACUUACUUCAACCUGUCUCCUGCACCUUCGCGCCAUCAGGGUGGCUUAGCCUUCCCCGAGGGCGGCGGCGCAAAUGAGCAUGGACCGGCAACCUUUCCAGGGGAUAUAGACAUUGAACAAGGCCCUCCAGUUCUUCAGGAUGCUUUUCUUCGGGCUUCUCCAGCACCCCCUUUGGAGAUUAUCCGUGUCUCAAGUGAUCGUGACGAGACUAGCACAAGACGAUCUGCGGUCAAUUCACCGGCCGUGCGCUCUGUUGGUGGAUCAGACAGCAGGGACAUUACAUCGCUCCCCGCCAUUGGCGGCAAAGAGAGGACGACAGAUCCACCAGAAUACAUGAUGGCACAUCAUGGUUAUGACAACGCCAUGUCUAAGGACGAGAAAGGACGACGGUCUGUCCCAAGAAUCUCUGACGAUGAUGAACCCCCGGAGAAGGCAGAUCCUUUGAACUAUGAACAUGACGUCAAGAAGUUGGAGCUCGGGGCCGUGCAGAUUGACAAGGUCCAAUCGGGCUCCCAACAGGUCGACGCGCCUAUCUCCGUUGCAGAGGAUCCUUGGGAUCUCUGUGCGAAACAUGUAUGGGAGUACGAGAAGGCCAUGGUGAUUAAGUGGAAGGAGGAUAUUGGGAAUCUACUCGUUUUCACUGGUCUAUUCCUAACUAUUCUCACCGGCUUCAUCAUUGCGUUUUAUCCGAUGUUGCGUCCACAGCCGCCUGAUCCCACAACACAGGUCCUUUUGAUCAUUUCCGCACAGCUAGCUAUGGUGACGGCCAGCUUAGGUCAGCCGAACCUGACUGAGCAGCAAGUCUCAGUCUUGACCGGCGUAGGCGCCACCACGCACCCGACUCCCUCCGUUCUUUCCACGGGCAACCUGUGGUUCAUUGCGAUGAUCUGUAGCAUCAGUGCUGCUGCGAUUGCCAUCGCGGUUGGCCAGUGGCUGCAUCAUUAUGUGGAUCGCGCAUCGUCUGUGCCGCGGAAGAGCGUUCACAUAUGGUAUUUCCGACGUCGUGGCCUCAAAGAGUGGCAUAUGCAGCUCAUUAUCGACGCUUUACCUAUUCUUCUGCAAAUCUCGAUGGCGUUGUUUCUCGUCGGCCUCAUCCAGCUGUUGUGGACCCUCGACGACAUCGUCGCUGCAACCACGACAGCUCUCGUCGCACUGCUUAUCCUUCCGCCCGUAUUCACCAUAUUCAUGCCUACCUUCUCGCCAGAAUGCCCAUACAAGUCACGCACUUCAUGGUGGGCUUUCCGCCUCCUCCGUUGGUUAAUCGCUUCGACAGUCAGGUGUAAAGUCUCGCAUCCGAGGGUAUGGAGCACGGGGGUAACUUCUAUGCCGAACCGGAUCAUGCAGCUAUUUGGACAGGCUCUCAUGUUCAUGAUACAGCUAUGCUGUCUGCCUUCACGGAUGUUCCACGUGUGUCGGAAGCAGCUACCUACAUGGAUCCAGUGGUACGUGGCGGCCGCGAAGGUAGCAAACUGGAGAGAGUUCGAAGAAUAUGCCGUGCGCUCUCAAUCUGCAACGGAACAGGAAGAGAACAGACUUCUCAUGCUUGCUGAAGCGGACGAAAUCGUCAUGGAUGACACGUUCCUUACGACAGUCGUGCAGCCCUGCCUUCGAGAGAACGGCCUUCCAAACGCCCUUCCAGUUCUCUAUCGUAUAUUGGAGCACAGAGCGCACGAAAUCGACUCCCACACGACUCCGCCUACCCUCCGAUGGCACCCGAACGACCGAGACGCACCCGCGAUCAUCGCCAUGGGAGACCUUUGCGUGGACGUCCUCUCCAAGUAUCCGACGGUUCAUGUAGACAAUUCCGACGAUGACCAAAAACGGAUAAUGCACAACCUUCUACAUCUAGUCCGAGCGAUGCCUGCGACAGAUUCCGCAAGAGCAAUAUGCAAACGAGUAGCCGAACUUGUACAGUCGCAUGGAGAAGAAUGGUUCCGAUGGGUCUUAAAUGGAGACAUUGUAUCGCGCCUCCAUGAGCUGUCCAGUGGUCCAAAUACUUUCAUCUUAGAAUUUGUGGCAAGAGACUGGCUGAAGGGCCUCCAUUUCUCUGACGCGCUGGUGCACUUCAAUAAAAUAUUUGAGCCGCAAUUACUUUUGAAUAACGACGUUCACGUAAUAAAGGCUUAUAUCUGCAUCGACAUCUUCGCCGGAAUCAAACGCACACAAUCACAUUUUUUCGACUACGAUGGCCAGCAAAUGCGCCUCCUGGAUGAGAUAGAGAGACUGCUUGCUCCCAUACCUAGCACAGAAACAUCGGUAUACGCCCAGUUCACAGAGCUCUUGAUGAAGUCAGAUGUAUCGCACAAAGUUCGUGCUAAACUCGCAUGGAAAAUCCGUAUUUACAGCCACAAAUUCCCACCGAAUAUCAAAAACACUCGGAAUCUACUCACCUAUCUGUGGAAAAUAGACGUUGAUUGCCACACGCAGAGAGUACUAUGGACGUUGUCGACCGCAUUGCACUUCGCUACUAGGCUACCUCAAGGCGACCUGACUCAAAUCCGUAACAACGUUGUGACUGCGCUUGCUGCCACGGCCGGAUACUUCAACGCGAGGCAGCUAGACUCUCUAGUCGGGGAUCUGAUGGAAGAUGGCGGCUGGUUUUCGUUCUACACUCUGCUCUGUGUAUGUGACGAUCUCGUGAGAACGGGCGACAAUAUGUUUGCACCCGACAUUGUCAGCGCAUUGCAGAGAUGCGCUGAGCAAUGCCCCGCAGAACAUGUAUGGUAUGAGGACAUCCAACGACACAUGCGGAAUACUCGUGAGCUCUCCAAGGUGCAAUACCUCCCUCGAAAAGAUACCGGGCAGACUCUGGUUGGAGACACACAGGCCAGUCCGGGCCUUGCCAGCUCUUCGCAUGGCGGCGCCGAAAGGGCGGGGCUGUCGUAUUCUGUGUUGCGCCAUCAUGAGACGCACUAA